GCAUCGCGAUAUCUCUCCUCUCUCUCUCUCUCUCUCUAUAUCUCGUUUCAAAUUCAAAACACAGCGACGUUUCGGCCUCGCCAACCUCCACAUCCGUGCUUUCCUUUCCGUGCCUCUCCCUAUCUCUUUUCGCGGUUUCAUACCAUUUGUGCGUUCUUGGAUGUUCUUUUUCUUUUUCACUAUCUGAAUAGUUAUCAACCGCCUGUUUUUGUAAUAUCCAGUCCUUUCGAACUUCUUCCGUCUUUCUUCCACAGUCCUUAUCGGCCAAACAGAGAUUUUUACAGGUCUCUUCCUCGCUUCCACGAUAAUCGUAUUUUUUUUUUUAUUGAUUUUCCUUUUCUUUCACCUUUUCGUUUGGUUUAUUUCAUGCGUGUUAUCGUCUCCUGGUUCCGUUUGUUUUCACCGGAAAAUCGUUUACGGUUAUAUACAAAGAGAACGAGUAUGAUCUUUCCGCCACUACGUUUGUGGAUUAACUUUUCUAAGCGUUUCAUUGUGCAUUUUAUGUCGGUAUAUGUAUGUGUGUAUGUUAUCGUAGGGGAGAAGUUCUCCUGCAAGUAUUUCUGCGCAAACGGAGUCAUAACUGUAGGCGGAAUUUUGUUUAUGAAAUUGGCACUAUUUUGCUAUUGGUUCUCAUAUGUUUGAAUGCAUAAAAUCAUUUCAUGCUCCAAUUCACGGCUUUUUAAGCCUUUUAUGGUUGUUUGACUAUCAAUAUUAUGUAUUUUGUUCCGCCGUUGGUGGCCUGGAUUCUAACAAACAAUAUUUUAUAUAAAUCCAUAAUAAAUGCAUAGUUCUCUUGCUUUGUUUGAUUCUUUGGUUGCUUGGUUGGCUUGGUGUGUCAUGAAUUGUUAGUUUUUUUAAGUUAGGAAGCGAGCAUUGACAAGUUGGGGUCCGCCUAAAGGAUUGGUGCUGCAUCUAUGGCCCAGAAACUGUUCACCUACGGAAGCGGUCGUGAUAAUUUUAACGACUUAGGAUUAUAUUUGCCAGCCUUUUAAUUGAUACAUUUUUUUUUCCGCAUAAUAUUGUUAGUUUAAUUUGUAGCCGGUUUCCGUAAAUAAUUUAAUGUUUAUUGUUCUUUCGAGUUGCCAUUUUGGAGAGGAUAUCGUUGAUUUAAACUAGCAAAAGAUCUCAUUAAUCAAUUCUGGGGUAGUCUGUCGGGCUGCAAAGGUGCUUUUAUGCGUGUUAUUAUUCAUCAUUUUAUUUUCCUUCACAAUUUCCCCCCUUUCUCCCAGGUUACUAGCUUGUGCUUGCUUAACUCUCUCUGUGUGUGUCCCUGCGCGGGCGUGCUGGCUGUAUUAGUAUGAUAAAAUUUGCCCUGGUGGACCUAUGAAGUUAGAAUAAUUCUACUUAGCAUCCCACACACCAUAUUUCUUUUAUUUUUAUUUUCCUUUUUUCCAUAACAAGUAUGUGGUGUGUGGAUAAUGAGUAAAACAAUUCAAUUAGUUUAAUAAGAAUAAAAUAAAAUUAAAUUAAAUUAAUCUUUUUAAAAAAUAUGUAAAAUGUGUGGUGUGGGAUGAUGAGUAGCAUGCAUUAAGUUUUUGACAAAACGGGGAACUACUUUAACCCAUAUGAUUGCAUCUUGUCACCCUGAUACAGUUUUCUUAGUCAUUAUCAUCGUUAUUGAAUAUAACAGCACAUUGAAGGCAUCGAUGAAAUUUGAUAACGAGCGGCGUGGUGUGCCCGGACGUGUUCCUGAAUAUGGUGCAAUUUUUAUGUCGAACAGUGCCACCAAAAGAGAAUGUUAUAGACGGAGACUAUUUGGCCUUCCAGCUUCUCAAGGCUCUUUUGUAAAGCAGGUUAAAGCUGGAAUGAUUUUGUUUUUGUUUGAAUAUGAGGAGAGAAAACUUCAUGGUGUUUUCCAGGCAUGCUCUGACGGUGCACGGAAUAUUGUCCCCCAUGCAUUCCGUUCAUCCGGGAAGCAAUUCCCAUGUCAGGUAAAAAUGACUCCAAUUUGGCGUUGUCGCCCACUAGUUGAGGCUGAAUUUUAUGAGGCAAUCAAGGAAAAUUACUUUUCAGCUAACGAGUUUAACUUUGGGCUGUCUGAAAAGCAGGUACAAAGGCUUCUAAGCUUGUUUAGUUUGAGAAGGAUAACUGAUGACCUACCUCAAAGGCAGCCGAACAAAGUUAAAGUCUCAACUGCGUGUACAAUGGGUAGAGGCACGAGAGCUGAUGAUAUUGAGGUUUUAAUGAGUGAUAAUGUAAAAGACAGGGAUGAUCCUGAUGAUUAUGAUAGGCCCCUUCUCUUGACUGACAACCCUCUAAAAUCAUCUGGCUAUUUCAUUGAAAGAGAACGCGAUGAAGGAAGGUUUGCAAACAGUUUUGGAGUGGGAAAUAAAUAUAAUGUUUACAAUGAGCUUGGGCCAGUUACCGGGAAUGAGUAUCUUGGGGACUCUUUGGCUACAGUUGGAAGGGAUGGGGGCAGAUUUGCUGUGUGUGAGAGGUCAGGGAGUGAAUGUACCUCGGCUAGCGAAGAUGGACCCGUCAUAUCAAAUGGUCAUUCUGGGUUCCUUUUGGGUACAGUUACGCAAGCUCCGGAUAAUGGCAGGUUUGCAAGGACUGAGAGGCUAGAAUGUGAACGUGAUAUGGAUGAUGGAUUUGUGCCAUCCUUCUCAGCUGUGUGCCCCAGUACAUUGCAACCUAACCUAAAUAGAUCCAUCUACUCUCAGAAGCCCAUUUGGGAUGCAGGUUCUGUGGUUCAAGAUCAACUGAGGCCUCAUUCCACAUUUUCAGGCUCAAUUGAGCCACAAAUCUCUUACCCUUUGCGUUCAACAUUGUACGGAGAUGCAAUUGGUAUGAGCACAGGCCCUUUUGACCCUGAUAUUGCUGGUAUUAACUCAAGGCAGCCAUCACCUUCUGAAAUUGAUCACAGCUCUAAUUCAUUGCAAGAACGUUCUUUUUUUGGAAAAUGUGCUCGGAAUCUCGUUCGUUCCCCCAGAAACCAAUCCUAUUUCCCAUUGGUAGGGCCUAAUGAUAUAAAGAAAUGUCAAAAUGAUAGUUCUGGCCUUGGAAACUGUGUUCCUUUCUCUAUCCACAACCAUCAGGAGAAUAUUUGCUACAGGACAAGUAAGCCUUUUUCGGGGGCUUCUUAUUCUGAAAACUCAACCACGGAAAUUUCUGAGAAUAAAGGUUUCAAGGGCCUCUCUUUUUCAAAACGUCCUUCAGUUCCUGAGCCUUUAUUAGAGACUGGGAAUAGUGGGAACGAAAACAAGUUUCCAUCAUCUUAUUCUUCCAGUUCCUGUAUCUACCCUUGCUUAAACUUUGAUUAUGGCUUUCCUGUAGAGUCGCAAGGGAAGCUUGAGCAUGCUGUGCGAAAGGAAGAGAUGAGCAAAGUAUAUACUGGUAAUAUACAGUUGUCAAAUAAGGAUCAGGUCCGGUUGCACUGCAAUGAACCCAAAUCACUAAGUCAUGACCUCAGCUGUCGUCAGUAUUCUAAGAACAUGUUUUCUGGCUGUGAGAAGAGUGGGAAUGGUGUGUUUUCUCGUUUAGCUUUGGGCUCAGAUGUAUAUGGACAGGAAAAUGGUCAUUAUGUAGACCAUGAGGAAUGCAACAAGGAUAAAUCUGCAGAUGAAGUUGUGGCAAUGUUAUCUCAAAGCCGCCGCUGCCGUAGGUCAAAGAUAAAAGGGUCUAGUAUACAUUCUGACUUUAACUUUGAUUAUGAAUUUCCUGUAGAGUCACAAGAAAACUUUGAGCAUGAAGGUAUGCAAUUGGAAGAGACAAAAGAAUUGCUUACUGGCAAUAUUCCCUUGCUAAAUAAGGGUCAGCUCCAGUUGCACGGUGGUGAUUAUGCCCUUGAACAUAAGGGCAGGUGUGACCAUGAACCCAAAUCACUAAAUCAUGAUCUCAACUGUCGUGAGGAGGGCAGGAACAGUGUGUUUUCUCGUUUAGCGUUGGCUUCAGAUGUAUUGGAACGGGAAAAUGGUGUUGAAGUUGGCCACGGGGAAUGUGAUAGGGAUAAAUCAGCCGAUGAAAUAAUGACAACAUUACGUCAGAGUCACUCCCAAUGGGCAAAAACUAAAGAGUCUAGUAUCCACCCUUCCUUUAACUCUGAUUAUGAAUUUCCUGUAGAGUCACAAGGGAACCAAAAGCAUGAAGGUAUGCGGCUGGAAGAGAAGAAAAAAUCCUAUACUGGUAAUAUUCCUUUGUCAAAUAAGGGUCAGGUCCAAUUGCACUGUUAUGAUUAUUCUCUGAAACAUAGGGGCGCGUGCCAAUCCAAAUCACUAAAUCAUGAUCUCAAUCGUCAUCGGCAUUCUGGAAACAUAUCUUCUGGCUGUGAGAAGGGCAAGAAUAGUGUGUUUUCUCGUCUGGCUUUGGCUUCAGAUGUAUUUGAACGGGAAAAUGGUGAUGCCGUUGGCCUUGAGGAGGAAAGAGACAGGGAUAAAUCAGCAGAUAAAAUCAUGGCUAUGUCACAUCAGAGUCGCUGCCCAUGGGCAAAGACUGCAAAGUCUAGAUCAUUGUUCAAGCAACAUGAUGUCGAAAACUUUGGAAAUAAAAAAGAACCAACCUUUUACCCCAAGUUGGAAGGGGAUUGCUUGGAAAUGAACUUAAAGGAGAUUAAAAUGAAUAAGACUUCAAUUGUUGAAGAGAUUGUUGACAAAACUGGUGAAGGUACUUUUGUGGAUUUCAAUCAUCAGAGAGCUAGAGGGACACCAUAUGUGGAUUUCAAACGUCGGAGUGAAGUUCGGAAAAUUCAUGAUGAUACCAAGAGUAGAGUGUGUGAUGAAAUUGCUGGGAGUGAUUGCUUGUCUGGCGUGCAGCGCAAAAGAAGAAAGUUGAUUAGGCCAAACUUUAGUCAGAGUCUGGAUGUAUUAUCACAAGAGAGUUCUUUUAAUAGUGAAGAUAAAAAGGAAAGUUGCAAGGCUUUGGUUGGGAGCUAUGAUAAGGAAAACAAGUUGUCCUCAAGUGCUGAAUUGCUGCUUGCAACUUGUUCAAACAGUUGUGAGGAUAAGAACAUUAAUAUUGAUGUUGAAAGAGGUUCAAACUAUGGAGAUUCGAAAGCUGGAAGUCAUGAGACUUUUUCUAGACUUGACCGAAAAGAGUCUUCAAAAGAUGCUGGCAUCUACAAUACUUGUGAAGACAAGAUUCCUAAUGCUGAUGAUGUCUUGGGAAUUAAGGAUCCCAUGGCGGAUCAGUUGUCCUUAGGUUGUCUGAUACCGGCCACUUCAUCGUCAGAGUCAUUUAUAGAGAGUGCAGAAGAAUAUGCUGGAGGAAUUGUUAAUGGUGAUGGUCAACAUGGAAAGAAGUUACCUGAAAGUGUGGAAAAUGCUAAUGAACUUUGUCUUGUCAGUGGUGAGAUUGCCAUUGGUGACGCAAUGAACAGCUUAAGUAAUCAGAUUUGUACAAUGGGAAAGAUGCCCGAAGAAUUUGUAGAAAUCAGUGUAGAUGAAGAUAAGAGAAACCAUCAGCAGUUAGCUCCGGGAUCCAUUGUCAAACAGUCUUAGGUGUCUUCUGAAAAUUUAAGGUGCUUCAAUUUUGAAAAACAAUACCAAAUUUUUUGUGAGAGGCAAAAGCUUUGAAAUUGAACAUGAUCUGAUUUUGAGAAUGGCAAUGAAGCUCUCCCCAGCAGUUUUGGAAUGGAUGAAGAACGGUAUUGACUCACCAGAAUUCAAUAUUAUCUCUUCAAGAUAAGGAGUCUUUUGUGGAAUAUUCUGUCAUCCCGAUUGAAGCAUCUGGAUUUUACUUUGUUUUGUUUUUUGUUUUUGUUUUUUUAAAACAGGGCUAAAGAUAAAAUGAAAUAGAUGUUGCUGGUUAGUAUAUAACUUGAACUAACAAAGUCAAGUCUGCAGCUGAAAUGUAUGUCCCUGCGCUGCUCACUUUAAUGGUUUUGUCACUUGGGUAGCCUUGGUGUGCUGGCAGGACCAUUUUUCUUUCCACUUUUUUGGAGAUUCUUUUGUUUGCUGGGGGUAAAUUGCUACAGUUUCAAAUACAGAUAGAAUUACCA